AUGCAAACACCCGAAGACCAUUCCUCUUCACAGCAAGAACUCUCAAAGCCUUCUGCAAGUGAUAAGAGAGUUAUCAUCAUCGGAAUUAUGGGUGAUGCUCUCAAAACAUCAACCGAAGGAAUGGGGCUUGUAGAAGAGCUGAACAAACAAUGUUUGGUGUGUAUGAAUUAUUUGAUGACCAAUUUGGCAUCGAGCACAACCCCCACUCAUCACAACAGAAAUCAACUGAACGAGCAAUCAGGACACCAACAAACGGAAACACAGAAUUUGGAGCUGAAGUAUUUGUUGUACAUUUAUGUAAAUAUUGAUAGGUUAUUAGAAAGAAGUAAGAACAAUAGUUACAGUGAUAACCCAUCGGAUUUGGCAAGAUUUUUCUUGUACUGCAUGGAACAUAUUGAGCAACACGCAAAAUUUAAUUCUGUAUAUGGAGCGAAUAUUACCAAGCUUAUUUAUUAUUUAAAAAUAGUAGCAAUGUAUUUAAAUUACCAGGCACACUCUUUCCAUGGACAGCUCUUGUCCCUCAACGAAAAAGACAUCACUGUUCAUGCUCAAUCAAUCUACAAAGUGUGUGUUAGAUUUUUGACCAAUUACAGUGGCAACGUAAAAUUGGUUGCAGUGACACUAGUUACACUUUCGCAAUGCGCCAAAUUUUUGAACGACUCUGAUUUUAAUACAGUGUUUCGAAUAUUUUGCACAUACUUGGAUUACAGGGCGAAAGAAAUGUUAAACCUUUCCCAGCAAGAACAUUCUCAAUCUAACAGUCAUUCCUCUCCCAAAAUGCAAAGAGAGCUUUUUGAUAGCUUGGUAAAAUCAACAACUAAUUUAUUUGUGUGCAGAAAUGCCUCUCAAGACCAGAAACGAAAACUUAUUUUGUCAGUAAUGACUACUGGAUCCAUAUUAUUUGACAGCCUCAAACUGAGAGAAUUCGAUACCAUUUCCAAAGAUAAUAUUCGGCAAUCAAUAUCAAUUAUUGACCAAAUAUUAAGAUAUUGCUCUUCCAUCUAUUUGUUUGUCUCUCAAAUUCUUGAAAAAUCUAAACAGAACAACAUUGAAGAAAACACUACUCUAAUAUCAGAGUUUCUAAGAGAAUAUGCACAGAAUAAGCUGGAUGAAAAAGAAGAAACGGAACGCUUCACAUUGCUGACAUCUCUUGUUUCUUGGGUACUUCAUGAAAAACCUACUCGCGAUGUACUGACGCCACUCCUUGAUAUUAGUUGGAAAAUUUUAGACAAGAUAUUCUCUCAUCCUAAUAGUGUUUUAUCAACGAUCUACUGUCUUAUUUCUGUUCAAAUUGCUAGUUAUAUGGAAACCUACGACAAACGUGAUGAAUAUGUUGAGUUUAUACUUUAUAAUAUUUUAAGAGCCAAAAUCUUCUUAAUUCCAGAAAUAAUUGAUGCAUUGAAUAAGAAAUUAGAUCUCAAUGAGCUGAAAUUUAUACUUUCAGAGUACCAAAAAUCAACUCUAUAUUCAUACAUGUAUCUAGUAGUGAAUAAUCUGGUAACAAUUCCUCGACAUAAUCCUUCUCGAUAUAUUAACUUUGUGUACGACUUUUCCUCAGAAUUAAGCAACAUAUUUUCACAAGCAUUUUCAAAAAAUAGAACAUCCAAAGGUCCCUCACUUAUCGAUGAAUUAGUAUCAAUGGAAGAUUUGAAGUAUCACCUCAAGAAUAUAUCAAGCUUGCUUCUAGUAUUUAUUCUAAAAGUAUAUUCAAACAACUCUAAACUAAUGAACGCUUCGCAGAGUUUAGCACAAAUAGAGAAGAAUGAACAGAUUUCUUCUGAGAAUGUGAUUCAAAUUAUCAAAAUAUUUGCCAACACAGAAUUUAUGAAAGAUUUGGACUCUGUUUCUCUGUAUACUCAGUUCUUGAACAAGAUCAUCCAAUAUCACCAAAAUAUUAUUUCAGAUUUUAUUUCCUCGAGCACAAUUUUCAAACCUCUCCUAACCCAACUUGCCACUUCUGCUGGAAACAUGGUAUUUUUAUCCAGUAUAUACUUUUACCUUAAUUUUUUCACCUCUCUGGUACAGAGUAAGCAAUAUCAUGAAGAUUUGUUCAAGCCACAUGUCAUUCCGUUUAUGUUCAAAUGCUUGCUGAAUAGCAACAAACAGAUUGUGCAACAAGCACAUCAUUUAUUUAUUACUUUCUUUUCUGAAAAUUAUAAGAUUAGAAAUUUAAUUUUACCACACUAUCUCAAAAUAGUAUGCGAUAAGAAGUACUCAGGUACCAACUCCCUCGUUCAAUCUAUAUUUUGCAAUUCAUUUCACUUUAUUUUUAACCAUAUCAAGGAUCCCAAAUUGAUUGAGUAUUCACUUGAGCAAAUUGAAAAAUUAAUUAAUCACGCUAACGAAUCAUCUCAAAAACAUUUGACCAAGCAGCUUAUUAUUCUAUUGUUUCAGUCUUCACAAACUAUUGAGUAUUCCCACCUUCCAAUAUUAUUUGCUCUUCUAAAAAGAGUACUCACAACAGAUAAGCAAUUACCACUUUCCUCACUCUUGAGAGAUUUUUACCAUAUUGUGAACUCGUGUAUUGAUUAUGUGAGAAGGGAUGAUUGUGUUCAAUUUUAUUUGGAACUCAGUAAGGUCAUGAUGUGA